GCGAUGUUGCUGCACAAAGGCAAUUCAAGUCUUGCCGAAGUCUACCCACACGCGCUCACAAUGUAGGAAGCGCUCUCUGAAAACAGAAGACUACUACCACACACACUGCUUACCAGUGACAUAUUAUUUGCUUCCAUCUUCGGAGUGUUGAUGGUAAUCUGAUUAAUUGGGGGGAUUUGGGUUUUGAGCAUGGAGGGCUGCUAUCCCCCAGAAAGUGAAAGGAUGGAAGCGUGGCUUGAUGACCAUUUGGAGUUCGCUCAUUCCUACGUUGUCAGGAAGGCUACAAGGGAGAUGGUGAAUGCAUGGUUUGCUGAGCGAGUCCAUUCCAUCCAGCCCUCCUCCUCCUCCUCGUCAUCCUCCAAAGAAACCCUUCUACCCCAGAGACCCACCCAGCCCUCAGACAGCCCCUGCUUAGCCUCCUCCCUGCCCCCUUCCCUGGGCCUGAACGACAGGCGUUCCCCUUCCCCAGCCCCGACCCACAGCCCCGCUCCCAGCACCCCCACCCGCAAGAUCUCUGCAUCUGAGUUUGACAGGCCGUUGAGGCCCAUCGUGGUCAAGGACGCGGAAGGCUCACUAACCUUCCUCUGCGACACCGAACCUGACCGAGGCGACAUCCGGACACCCUUCAGAACCCAGCAGGGAGGGGUCGGGGUUGGUAUCCCCACAGGGAUGAUGGGCGAGGUUGGCAGUGCCCGGGGGUUGGAUCGCUGUGCCAGGCUGUUGGAGCUGGUGAGGGAUGUGUCGAGUCACCUGGAUGUGACGGCGCUGUGCCACAAGAUCUUCCUCCACAUCAACGAGCUGAUCGCCGCGGACCGCUACUCCCUCUUCCUGGUGGGCGAGGACAGCUCCAACAGGAAGUUCCUGGUGAGCAGGCUAUUUGACGUUGCCGAGGGCUCCACCCUGGAGGAGGUGUCCAAUAGCUGCAUCCGUCUGGAAUGGAAGAAGGGCAUUGUGGGUCACGUGGCGGCCACGGGCCAGCCCCUCAACAUCAAGAAUGCCUACGAGGACCCCAGGUUCAAUGCAGAGGUGGAUCAGAUCACAGGCUAUAAGACGCAGAGUAUCCUGUGUAUGCCCAUCAAGAACCACAGAGAAGAGGUGGUAGGAGUGGCACAGGCCAUCAACAAGAAGUGUGGAGAGAAUGGGACUUUCACUGAACAGGAUGAAAAGGACUUCUCUGCCUACCUGGCCUUCUCCGGGAUCGUCCUACACAACGCCCAGCUCUACGAGACGUCCCAGCUGGAAAACCGGCGGAAUCAGGUGCUGUUGGACCUGGCCAGUCUGAUCUUGGAAGAGCAGCAGUCCCUGGAGGUGUUACUGAGGAAGAUAGCAGGCACCAUCCUCUCCUUUAUGCAGGCCCAGGGCUGCACUGUGUUCAUAGCUGACGGAGACGUUAUGAACUCCUUCUCCAGCGUGUUUCACAUGGAAUAUGAGGACCUGGGAGAGGCCAUGGACACCACCAAAAGGGACUGUGACGUGAGUCAGAUAAACUACAUGUACGCCCAGUAUGUAAAGAACACCAUGGAGCCUCUGAACAUCUCUGACAUCACCAAAGACCAGCGCUUUCCUUGGAUGAGUGAGAACCCAGAGCACCCCAGUAACCAGAUCAAGAGUUUGCUCUGUACGCCUAUCAGGAAUGGGAAGAAGGAUAAAGUUAUAGGUGUGUGUCAGUUGGUGAACAAGAUGGACGAGGCGUCCGGGAACGUGAGGUCCUUCAACCGGAACGAUGAACAGUUCCUGGAGGCCUUCGCCAUUUUCUGUGGCCUGGGUAUACAGAACACCCAGAUGUAUGAAACAGUGGAGAGAGCCAUGGCUAAACAGGAGGUUACACUGGAGGUCCUUUCGUAUCAUGCCUCUGCUGCAGAGGAAGAGACGCGGGCGCUGCAGGUAACCGCGGUGGCCACUGUUCCGUCGGCCCAGUCUCUGCGUCUGAUGGAGUUCAGUUUCAGUGACUUUGAGCUGUCCGACACUGAGACCACUCAGGCCACCAUACGCAUGUUUGUAGACCUCAACCUAGUCCAGAACUUCCAGAUGAAAUACAAGAGUCUGUGCCAGUGGAUCCUGAGUGUUAAGAAGAACUAUAGGAAGAACGUGGCCUACCACAACUGGAGACACGCCUUCAACACCUCCCAGUGCAUGUUCGCCUUGUUCAAAUCUGGCCGGUUACAGAGUAAUAUGACUGAUCUGGAGACCCUGGCCUUGAUGAUCGCCACUCUGAGUCAUGACCUGGACCACAGAGGAGUCAACAACUCCUACAUACAGAGGAGUGACCAUCCCCUGGCCCAGCUCUACUGCCACUCCACCAUGGAGCACCACCACUUUGAUCAGUGUCUCAUGAUCCUCAACAGCCCAGGGAAUCAGAUUCUAAGCAGUCUGUCUCUGGAUGAGUACAAGGCCACUCUGAAGAUGAUCGAGAGGGCUAUUCUGGCUACGGACCUGGCUCUGUACAUGAAGAGGAGAGGAGAGUUCUUUGAACUGACCAAGAACAGCCAAUUUGUCUGGGACGAUGACUAUCAUAAAGACUUGUUGAGGUCAAUGCUGAUGACUGCAUGUGACAUCUCUGCCAUUACCAAGCCCUGGCCAGUUCAGAAGAGGAUAGCCAAGUUGGUGGCGACAGAGUUCUUUGAGCAAGGGGACAAGGAGAGAGAAGAACUCAACAUUGAGCCAACAGAUCUGAUGAAUCGGGACAAGCAGGAUAAGAUUCCGAGCAUGCAGGUGUCGUUCAUUGAUGCCAUCUGCACACAGCUGUAUGAGACCCUGGCCAGUAUGUCUGAGUCCUGUUCCCCACUACUCGAGGGCUGCCAGAAGAACAGACAGAAUUGGAAGAUUCUGGCUGAACAGGGCGACAAAGCCUUCUUCAACGGAGCGGUGUAGACCUGUUCAACGUCUCUGCUCCAUCCCACUAUCCCUCCAUCCCCGCUAUCCCUCCAUCCCCACUAUCCCUCCAUCAUCCCCACUAUCCCUCCAUCAUCCCCACUAUCCCUCCAUCCCCACUAUCCCUCCAUCUCCACUAUCCCUCCAUCCCCACUAUCCCUCCAUCAUCCCCACUAUCCCUCCAUCCCCACUAUCCCUCCAUCAUCCCCACUAUCCCUCCAUCAUCCCCACUAUCCCUCCAUCCCCACUAUCCCUCCAUCAUCCCCACUAUCCCUCCAUCCCCACUAUCCCUCCAUCCCCACUA